GGGGGCAGCUGGCUGGUCCCGCACCCCCCGGGGCCGGGCUGGGGCUCACCCCGGGCUGUCUCGGGCUGGGGCUGCCCCGGCCGCUCCCUGCGAACCUGCCGCGGCCGCCCGGCCCCGCCCGCUGCCCUUCCUCGGGAGGAGGAGGAGGAGGAAGAGGAGGAGGAGGUGGCAGCGGAGCAGGAGCGGCGCUGGAAGCAGGGGGAGCGGGACAGAUCCGCCGGGACGGGGGCCCGGCUGUGCCCCCCAGCAGGUACCGCGCGGGGCCCGCCCGGGACGGGGGUCUGGGGCCGCAGCCGCCUUCCCGUCCCCUCUGGAGCCAGACCGGCCGCCACCCGCGCCGGCACCCCCGGCUGGGGCUCGCUGUCCCCGCCACCCGCCGGUACAGGGGUCACCCUUCCCCGUCACCCCGCUGCCCACGGGGGUCGCAGCCAGCACAUGAUGCCAUGGGACAGGCAGAGGGGUCAUGAGACCGGACCGUCCCCACAACGUGCCGCCUCUGCCCCGGCUGUCGCACCCAUCCCUCAUGCCGGGGAAGCUGAGGCGCAGCAGACGGGAGGUGCUGGGGGAGAAGCAGUGGCGGAGCCUGGAGGAGAGGGGAGGUGCCCAGCUGGAGCAGCCCAAGCUCACCAGAUCCAGGACCUAUGAGCCCCCCUGCAGGGAGACAGAGCAGGCGGCCACGGGCAGGCAGGGACCCCCAUCCCCCUCGGCGGGGGUGGAGCAAGGGGCUGCAGGAUGCUCGCGGCCCCCAGCACCGACCCCAGACCUCCAGCAGCUGAGCAAGCAGGACAGCAGCUACCGCCGGGCCUUCGGGGAGCUCGCCGAGCAGGACGUGCUGCUGGGCUGCUUCUCAUGCGCCUGGCAGAGAGAAAUGCCCUACCACGGCCGCCUGUACGUGUCCUCCCGCCACAUCUGCUUCCACUCCAACCUCCUGCUCAAGGACAUCAAGGCCGUGGUCCCUGUCGCUUCCAUCUCAGCCCUCAAAAAGACCAACACGGCGCUGCUGGUGCCCAACGCAAUCAGCAUCCGCACGGCCAAGGGGGAGAAGUUCCUCUUUGUGUCGCUGCGCCAGCGAGAGGCCACGUACCAGCUCCUGAGGUCGGUGUGCAAACACCUGCAGGUACGCGGGGUCUGGAUGUGGAGGAGACUCCAUCCAUCCAUCGCACGGCACCUCCCUUCAUCUCUCCUUGUCCAGGGCAGCGGCCAGAGCCCUCGAGACUCUGUGAGAUAUGAGCAAACCCUUGGGAAGUCUCAGAUCUCGAGCCAGUCAGCCCUGGAGCAGAGCACCCCGGAGCCCAACAGCCUCCCCGAGCCCCUGGAUGAGCCAAAGCCGGGAUCAAGGCAGGCAGAGGAUGAGGAUGGCGAGGUGGCCCGCCUGGUUCCCAGCAGCAGCAAAUGGGUGCCCUCAGCAGAGAGACGUGGUCUCUGGGGGAGACCCCACGCCGUGCUCUGGGCCUGGGCCACUGCACUUUGGUCCCGGAUAAACCCCCAGCUGAGCUCUGUCAACAUCAUCAUCAUCAUCUACCUGCUGAUCAUGGUGGCCCUGCUGCUGUCCUCGGGGUACAUCGGGCUGCGCAUCGCCGAGCUGGAGCAGCAGCUGUCCUUCGCGGGGGCUGGGCCAGGCCUCAACCUGUCACUGCAGUACCAGACGUGAGGCCACUGAGGACCACCACCAGCGCUCCAGCCGGGGCUCAGGGGCUGCUCUGAGCCCCACCUUGGCCUCUCGGGGGGCUCCGUCACCAAGUGCCUUCCAGCUCCCCACCAUGCCCGGGAAGCCCACGGGCUGAGAGGCUCCAUCUCUCCCUGUCUGCCCACCCUGAGCAGCAGCAGAAGAGACCCAGGGAGCUCCCAGAGGGGCAGAAAGCAGGGAAGGGGGGCUGGAGUCAGCAGCAACCCCCAGCCAGCCCUCCCUGCCCAGAGGGAGCAGGCAGAGGGGGCCAAGCCCCAGGCAAGUCAGGGGCACAGAGAACAGAAUAUUCUAUUAAUAAAGAUUAAUAAAAUCGG